AUAUUGAGGAAGGAUCCACCGCUCUGCUGCUGCUGCUGCUGCUGCUUCUGCCUCUGCUCCUCUCGCUGUGUAUAUGUAUAUGUGUGUGUCUGUGUGGGUGCGUGUGUAUGUCCGUGUGUGUGUGUGUGUGUGUGCGGACGCCUGAUGAAAUGAAAUGCCAGGAUUGGGCUACCUCCAGGGAGAGCCUCUCCAUCCUAUAAUGUGAGCCAGCCAGCAGCACUGUGGGAUCAGGGAGAAGCUGCAUCCAUCAAGCGACGGGGCCUCGGGAGGACCAGGCGUGAUCCGACGGGAGGGGAGAUCUUUUUUUAUUUAUAUAUAUAAAUUAUUCUUCUCUGCUGAGGAGUGAAGGGAUUGUCGUCAUCCCUCCCAUCCUUCCUUUUUUUUUGCUCUCUGUGGUGCCCCCUCCUCACGCCUCCGCCUCCACUCUUCAUUUUUUUCCCCCCUCAUUCUUCUAGAGGCACUCGUUGGAAUAUCAAACCUCCAUGUAUGACAAUUUGUACCUGCAUGGAUUUGAAGACUCGGAGGCGGGCUCAGCUGAUUCAUACACUAGUAGACCAUCAGACUCAGAUGUCUCUCUGGAGGAGGAGCGGGAGGUCCCGGCCCCGGUCCCGAGCCAGAGCCCAAGCCAGAGCCAAGGACCGGGACAGAGCCGCCAGGAGAGGGAGCAGCAGGCCACCACUCAACUGGAGAGAGCCAAGACUAAACCCGUGGCGUUUGCUGUAAGGACCAACGUCAGCUACUGUGGUGCCCUGGAUGAGGAUGUUCCAGUCCCAGCCACGGCCAUCUCCUUCGACGCCAAGGAUUUCCUCCACAUAAAAGAGAAGUUCAACAAUGACUGGUGGAUCGGUCGGCUGGUGAAGGAGGGCUGUGAGAUCGGCUUCAUCCCCAGCCCCCUGAAGCUCGAGAACAUCCGGCUCCAGCAGGAGCAAAAGAGAGGACGAGUCCAAGGUAAGUCUGGAGGGAACUCUUCUUCCAGUGUAGAGGAUGAGGUCUCGGCCUCUAUCCGACCCCUCAUAUCCUCGGCAGGAAAGCAGAAACAGAAAGUGACGGAGCACAUCCCCCCGUAUGACGUGGUCCCCUCCAUGAGGCCUGUGGUGCUGGUGGGCCCCUCGCUCAAGGGUUACGAGGUAACAGACAUGAUGCAGAAAGCACUGUUCGACUUCCUCAAGCACAGAUUUGAUGGCAGGAUAUCGAUCACACGUGUCACUGCAGAUAUAUCUUUAGCCAAACGCUCUGUUCUCAACAACCCCAGUAAAAGGGCCAUCAUCGAAAGAUCCAACACUCGCUCCAGCUUAGCUGAGGUGCAGAGUGAGAUCGAGAGGAUCUUCGAGUUGGCCCGCUCCCUGCAGCUGGUGGUGCUGGACGCCGACACCAUCAACCACCCGGCGCAGCUCCUCAAGACCUCCCUGGCCCCCAUCAUCGUCCACGUUAAGGUCUCCUCGCCAAAGGUCCUGCAGAGGCUGGUCAAAUCCAGAGGAAAGUCCCAGAGCAAACACCUGAACGUGCAGCUCGUGGCGGCGGACAAAUUGGCCCAGUGUCCUCCGGAAAUGUUUGACAUCAUCCUGGACGAGAACCAGCUAGAGGACGCCUGCGAGCACCUGGCUGAAUACCUGGAGGCCUACUGGAAAGCGACCCACACCUCGAUGGCAACGCCCCUGAACCCCCUGCUGGGACGCAACCUAGGCCCCACCACCCUCACCCCCUACCCCACCAGCAUCUCUGGACUGCAGCAGACCCAAAGAAUGCGACAGAGCAACCACACAGGAGACCAUUCCACCCUGAACGAGCGACGCAACCUGAUGACGUCAGACGAAAACUACCAUAACGAGCGGGCGCACAAGGGACGCAACCGCAUGUCGUCCGGCUCGCAGCAUAGCCGAGAGCAGCAGGACCCGUACCAGGACUACCAGGACCCCUAUCAGGAUUCAUACAAACCACACCGCAAUCGCAGUUCACCGGGCAGCUACAGCCAUGACUCCCGGCACCGGCUCUGAGCCCACUUCUCCCACCACUGGGGGCCCCAAGUGGCCCAGAUUCCACCCAAAACUAACGCUGCAACAGAGCCAAGAUGGUCCCAAAUUGUACCCGUUUGGUUUUUGCAUUUGUUUCUUUUGCAUACCUGGCUGUUUAUUUCUCUUUCAAAGUCAAAGUCAUGUACAGAUGUCAGGUAUUUAUUUUUGAAUCAAGCUGCAGGGCAACCCCGUCAAUCAACAGCGCGAGUAGUCAAAGAGGUUUCAGGAACGUUUAACUUCAAUAAAUUCCUUCAAAUUUAUGUUACUGGGACCUUUUGGGAGUUGUACUAACGCGAUGCUCAGCAGACGUGCAGCAGCUUGUUGCCCGUGUCAGCAAGCGUAUGAUGGGUAGUGGUCAGGUGGUGACGGUGCGUGGGCGUCUAAGUGCCUGGGACAUCGCACCCGGUCGGACGGAGGUCCACUGCACACAGACUGCUGAAGGCUGCUGGGCCAUGUAUAAAUCCUCUCACCAUUUAGCUUAUUGCAUGCUGAUAGAUGAUCAACCUCCGCAUCCACUUCAUUGAUAUUUUGUACCGAGCACUCUGGAUUCUUCCACGAUGAGGUAUAGAUACGGAGGUCCGAUUUCUUUCCGAGGUUUGCGGGGGGGCGGGCGUGCGGAUGACUUCUGGCUGCUAGUUUUGAAAACUGGUGCUUCAAAUUCCCAAACUAUUUUGCUAUUCGAAAAGUCACUUUUGAGCAAGGCCAGCUUUUCUGUAGCAUAGCGUUAGGAUUUCAUUUGGGUGAAGACCCUCGCCGUCAUAAACCGGACAGAUUCAGAUGGUGCUGGGAUCAGAUCUCAGUCGUGCUGGAGGGGAAGGCCAUACUGCUUCUGUUCUGAACAGCUAGCACUUAGAGGGAAGUGUUGGACUGUGGCGUGAAAUACAAUAGCAAAAUACUACUUGAGAUGCAUUUGAUGUUGUUGAGAUGUGGAGCGGCAUAAAAAACCAACGGUGUGAAAACCUUCUGAGCAGUUCAGGAUAUUUUAGCCCCUGCCAGUGUGAAUACGAAGAUCGGGAACUGUUUAUUUCUUUCUUGUUUUGCAUUUAUAAGCGAUGAAAGUUGUUAACGUGCAGAUGUCGCUCGAAGCGUCAGUCCGCAAGUCAUGCAAUUGGUUGAUUUAUCGCCGUCAAAGUUCCUUCUGCUGGUUUUAGGGGAUCGGAGGAUUUUAAAAUGUGACGUGGCAGGGUCGGUUGCAUCAUGCAUCAUCUCUGUGUAGCUGGCAUGUUGUCCUGACUGCAGAGCAUGCUCCCUCCAAACGUAAAAAAAAUAGAACCCUCCUGUAAUCAAGUUGAUGUUUGUAGACGUAUAGGGCGCCUUUCUCCGAGAAAAAAAAAAAAAGAAGAAGAAAGAAAAAAAAAACUGAAAAAUGAGGCCCAAAUUUUAAAGAUGAAUGAUAUCUCUGGAACCCUGAGGUUUGUUACUAAAUAUUCUGAAAUGAAAUGGUACACCGGAAACUUUUUACGUGUUGGUUUUUGUCCUUCAGGAAUGUUUCAGUGGAUUGCAUGACUCAUAUGAGGGAGACGUCACCAUGAAAAUAGUUUCUAAUUAUUCAGAAUUUUGUUAUAUGGUGGAAAGUGCACUGAGAGAAACACUACAAAACACUGAGCUGAGAUGAUGAUCGUUUACCUCACAAACAUGGUGCUUCACGUGAAAGCAGAGGUUGCUAAUAAAGAUUUUAAGGCUUGUUAUCAUAAUACAGUGUAAAAUAUUAUUUUAAAUAAUCAAGAUUAUGGUUUAAUUGUUUUGUAUUUUCAGAUAACAGUAGUCGCCACUUUUAAAUCUGAAAACUGCCUUGAAAUUAUUACUUUUUGCGAAACAUAACAUUAAAUUUAACUGAAAGAUUAAAUUUGUUAUCUUGAAACUACGAGAUAAUUAAGUCGUUAUCUAGUGUAGUAAAUAAGAGGACCAUUAGAACGUGAUUUACAGUUUGUAGUCGGAAGAUAACGAGAUAAAGAGACGGAGGAAAUUGUGGCUGCUGUCGGGACGUGUUAUUUAUUUCAUGUAUUUCCCAGACAGUGUGUUUUUAAUGUGUUUUGUGACGUUUUUCAACACACAUUCGCUGAAUCUUAUGCUUAGAUCAGUUUGAUUUUCUACGUUGAACCAGUGCAAUGCCAAAAGCUAAAUAACUGAGGAAUGAAAGUACAUUUUUCAAAAUAAAAUACACAAACUGAGAUGCAACACUUAAAACGUAAAAUAAUUUAAAACAAAAUUUUUCUUAAAUCAGAUUUGUAAGGUUUUUGGCCAUUAAUUUAUUCCUUCAAUAGAUCCUAGUAUUAAUUUAAAUGAAGUCAAGUUUUUUCCUUUAUAUUCUGACUUUUCAAGUCGGACGCACUGCCAGAUAAAUAUAUUAAAAGGAACCAAUUGUGAAAUAAACAUUGUUUUUGCCGUCCUGAUGUUUUCUCCGACAUCGAAUGCGUAUGGUGGGAAACAGUCGCUAUAAAAUCUGAACCUUUUGGCGUCUUCCCCUCUGACAAAACGUAAUAGUAAUAGUAAGCAUGAGUGUUACAUCGAUGAUCCAUUUCCUCCAACUUUACAGAAAGCUUUGUGCUUUCUGAAACAUUUAUAUUUUCUUAUAUUUCUCUCUUUUUAAGACUGAAAGAAAAGAAGAAUAUAAGUUCAGAGCUGAUGCUUUGACGGUGAUCCCUUCUCCUUAAAAUCAUACAAGUCAAAUCUUCCCUUAUAAAUAAUUAGAAACUCACAGUAUCUCACAAUGACUCAUGAGGUUGAAGUCUGUAGCACUUUUCACCCCAAAAUCAAUUUGGUGUCAGAUGUUGUUUGUCAGGAUGUUAGAACAUAGAUAAAAACUCCGUCCUAUAUUUAGGGUUUUAGGAUAUUUGACUGUCCCUGAUAGUUUUAUAGCCUGACACAGUUUCAAGAUGUCUUGACCUACUUUUCAAGACCUGAUUAGAAUAAGUUUCAAAGGGCUCCUCCUCGCGUCACCAACUACAACGUAAGCCUGACAUGAAAUACAAAUACAGCUCUUGAUUUAUUGAUUUAAACUUAAAAUUAGGCAUCAUAUUCUCUGGAUGGACACUUUGUAUAGAUGUGGAGAAAUAGUCGCAUAGCACAAAAGAGUACGCAAAAAAAGGUGGGUUUUAAGCAACUGUUCCUACAAUGUGAAUCUGGUAUAAGAUGGAAACGAAAGUGCAUAGUGUUUACAGACAUGCUUUUCUGUCUCAUUCUGCCCCCUGGCAUUAAAAUCCCAUUGGUUGUUUGGACAGGGAGCCAUUUUCCAUUCGAAAUCAAGCCAACCAAUGUCGAGCUGGGCUGCUUGAGACAAUCAGAAGGGAUUUCCAGACCAGCAUCCCACCGGCCCUCUCUUUGUGAACGCCCCGACGCGAAACGAUGACAGAGGUUUGCCCCAUUUUGAAUCGUGGAGGUAGAUCAGAACUAAAACAACACCACACUCACCUCAAAAGAAAAACAAAAACUCUCCAUCCUGGCCUUCUUUUACAUGCCUUUCACUUCUGGCAAAAAACAAAAAAUCACCACCAAUUGUAUUUUUCAUGGACUAAAUCUCAAGGUGAACACGAAAUACAAAACUUAAAGGGAGGAUUUUCUUUUGGUAAAAUGUGAAGAAGAAAAAAACAAAAGAAGCAAAACACUUAUUCCAGUAGAUAAGUAUUAGAUGAAUAUUUGCUGGUAUAAUUAUUUUUAUAACAAAUAAAUGUACAUAAUGUCUUUGAGAGAUGCUAUUUGCUGUAUACUUGUGCUGAAAUGAGACGACACCCAUGCGGGACACUUGGAACAACAGCAAGGUCCAGUAUAAAAAGUUUCAGUAAUGUGCAAUACAAACGGCAUGCUGUUUUAAAAUGAGGAACUACAUGUACUGUACUAUGCAACCUGCAAACUGUACAUCGCUUUAUGCUCUGGCUUCUCCAACCCACCCUUUUCUGGACUUUUAAGGGAUUUUUUCUUUUUUUUGUGUUUGUUUUUUUCUGUGGAAGAUGAAAACCUAAGCAGCUAAUGAGGUAUUGCAUGCAUAAUAUACCAUUCUAAUUUAUAAAAAAAAGAAGCUAUUGAAAAAUAAACGAUAUUGGAAGUGAUUGUGUUUUAAGGCAAGGGUACAAGUGACUUAAAACAUUUCUUUUUCAAAAUAAAAGAGUGGUUCUGA